UGGAUGAAUGAAUGAAUGAAUGAAUGAAUGAACAAAUUGUCUUUGGGGCUCUUUCAGGCAAAUGGGAGGACGGAAGAUGGCAAGAGAUGAAGAAAAUGCCUAUGGUUCCGAGGACCCGGACGACGCGCCGCCCGCGCACGAGCCCCGGCUCAGGCUCAUCCUGGCCGGCAAGACCGGCGCGGGCAAGAGCGCCACGGGCAACAGCAUCCUGGGCCACGGGCGCUUCCCGUCCAGGCUCGCGUCCACCCCGGUGACCAGGACCUGCGCCCUGGGGAGCCGCCGCUGGGCCCGCUGGCGCGUCGAGGUCACCGACACCCCGGACCUCUUCAGCGCCGACGGCCGCCGCGCCGACCCGGACUGCGCCGAGCGGGGCCGCUGCUACCUGCUGUCGGCGCCCGGGCCGCACGCGCUGCUGCUGGUCACCCAGCUGGGCCGCUUCACCGCCCAGGACGAGCAGGCCGUGCGCGGCGUCCGCGAGCUCUUCGGGGCCGGCGUCCUGGCGCGGGCCGUGCUCGUCCUCACCCGCCUGGAGAACCUGGAGGGGGCCUCGCUGCACGACUACGUGCGCGACACCGACAACCGCGCGCUGCGGGCCCUGGUGGCCGAGUGCGGCGGCCGCGUGUGCGCCCUGAGCAACCGGGCCGCGGGCGCGGCGCGCGAGGCGCAGGUGGAGGAGCUGCUGGCGCUGGUGGAGCGGCUGGCGCGGCAGCACGCGGGCGCGCCCUUCACCAACGCCGUGUACGGCCUGGCGGAGGCCCUGCGCCACGCGCCCCCCGACCUCAGGCUCCGGCGCGUGGCCCAGCUGCUGGCGGCCGGCGGCUUGGCGCGGGCGCGGGGACGGGGGCGGCGCUGGCUGGAGGUGGCGCCGCGCGGGUGGCGGCGUGCGCUUGUGCUGCUCGGGGGCGCGCUGCUCCUCGGCCUGCUGCUCUGGCGCCUGAGACCAAAGGCCUUGCAGGAGGUCAGUCUCGACUGACAGUCCAAGGACGACUUCGGCCCGUCGACUGAUGAUCACUUCGCCGCUCGUGCGGUGUGCCUUCGGGGCCCACAGGCUCUUCUUUCCUCCUUCCCUGGCGGGGAUUACCUAGGCAGCGUCCCGCCGGGGCCCGGCUCCCGCAAAACCUUCCGCUGGGACGUGGCCCUCCCAGGGGCCGCCCUUCCAAGGAGUGGGAGCCUGGCCGGUAAGGCACGAAGUACUUGGCGCUGAGGAGGAGUAAAAUCUCUUUCCCACCUACUCAGCUCCCAAACACCACACCUCCUACAACCAUCCCCUUGGGCACUGAGGUUUCAGCAUAUGAAACAUACUGGGGGCACACCAACAGACCAAAGCAGACACGACCCUCCCUACUGCCUAUCUAGCUCUUACAUACAGCUGCACGUCCGCCUUUGGAAUCCUUCUGGGUUUUAUUAUUCCCUGUGAAAGAGAUGUCAGGUUCAUGCAUGUUAAUGUUUCCUUCUGAUUAAUCAGUCUAUUUACUUUACAGUAAUGUACUGCCAAAAAGACAAAUGUAACUAUACUGAAAAUAAUGUUUUCCAAUUUUCUAGUACUGAUUAUGGUUCCUGUCUUACCAAAGUGAAGUAGAAGUUUGGGUAAUGUCUUCAACGUGGUUAUUGAUCUGGACUUUUAUGCAAAACAAACAAACAAACAAACAAAACAGGCUCUUCUCAGACAAUGCAGAGGAGAGGGAGCCACAGGCCCACCCACACAAGCCUCAGAGCAGCUGAAAUUAGGAGGGUAUGCUGGUCCUGUAGAGUUUUGUCCGGGUGGGCCAGCCCAGGAAAGUGCUUGAACGCCACAUCAUUAGAAAAUCAGACGCCAUCCUUGGGUUGUGUCACCAACUGAUAGGAUUUCCUUAUUUCUAUUUCAGAAUGUGACAAAACACUUUAAAGGAAGUCCUUCUCUUUAAAUCAGCCAAGCUCUAGUCAAGAUUGGACGCCAGAGGAGGCACCUCCUCACCUGGCCCAGGGUUCAGGGGUGGGGAGAGAAGGUGGUUGUGAAAGGGGCCCUAGAGCCAUCCCAGCUCCACCUGGAGAACGAGGGGCUUACACACCUGUGCUCAGAUGCCCCCGUUUAAUGGGGUAGCAGGAUAGACAUCGGGGUGAGCGGCGGUCAUGAGGCCUCAGGCCCCUGUGGCAGUGAGCUGGGCUCUAUGAUGCGUGGCUGGGCAAAAUUCUAUUAGUGAUCCCCCUCUUUGGCAUCCUCAGCAGCCCUGCCAGGUUCACACAGGGGCUCUGAGCUAGGGAUUCGAACAGCUCUAACAAGUUGAAGGAGCAACUUGGCAACCCAAGAGGCAGCAGAGAAGGGGCUGGGGUUGAGGGGAUGGCCGGCAUCCCCAGCUUGGCCUUCCGGGGCCACGUGUGCAUGAGCUCCCACUAUUGGCCAAGGCUGCUUACCAGUGGGGCUGAUUUUUAACCUGUUUCUCUUUCAUGUUUCUACUCUCUUACAUACAUGUGUCCACAUGUCGUUACCUACUGUCUGUCUUGUUUGCAGAUGGAAAUGUGAUUUUAAAAUAAAUAGAAGUAUUAUGACUUUUAAAUUCUCAUAUACAAAUAUACGCUUGAAUCAAAGGAAGGCUUUGACAUCUAUGGGUAAAAUGCCACUUGGGGCAUCGUAAGGAUGUGGCAUGUGCCUGGGGGCUUGUGUUUCAGAGCCGUCCCCUAUUUACCUGCUCCAUG